GACAUAUUUAAACAAAUAUGUAUAAAUAAAAAACAUUUUAAAAUAGUACAUCACAAUCCAAUCCAUGUCUCCAUAUACAAUUUGCAUGUCUACUCAGAGUAAGCACCACUGAAUUAAACAUUUAGUUCCUCAUAAGCAUAUUAGAUCUUUAACUGGACUGUAUUUUAUAAACUAAGAUUCGUAUUACAUAAAAACGAAGAUUUAGGAAAACAAUGUUUAAAAUGGUCAGCAACAACAUACUAAUAGGUUCCUUAGACAUAUUGCCCAUAUAUCGCUGAUCAGCACUCUUGUCAUGGAGCGUUACUACAAAAAACCCAACAGAGCAGAUUUCUUCGACAAAAUCCAGCAAACACGCUGCGACGGGCAAAAGCUCAGAGCGAAAAAGGCACCUCGACGUCACACACAAAAAAAGCGGGCACAGUCUGAACCAGGAACGUCCAUUCGGCUCUUCUCCACUGACUGCGAGGCAUGAAGCUUUUGCUUCUCCAGCCAACUACCUUCCAUCCGGCUAGGAAGCGUGACGCAUGCGCAAUAGGCAAAAAUGCUUUUUUUCUUGUCUUCCGCCGGUUCUCCAGCUUCCCCUCCACUUCCGAAGGGACCUUUAAAGGGCCAGCAGAGCUUUAAAGAAACAAACUAAAAAGGGGGACUGUGAUCAGUCCCAUGAGACGGUGGGGUGAUUAAAACAAGGAGCUCUUGCAACGCACAGGCAGACUGACGUCAAAUCUAAGGCAGAGGAAUUGAACGCAGCCUCCUGACAGACGUUUCUGAGGGGGAAGCACGUAAUGGAGCCGCCGGGGGCUGGAGUCGGAAAAGCCGGUGACUUCGAUGCAGCAGGGGAGCCCGGGCCGCCCCGGCGGUCGCCUCCGGUGUCGGUGGCAGCGGUGCUACCUGCCGGAGGAAGCGGGGAGAGGCUGGGCGGCAGCACGCCGAAGCAGUUCUGUCCCGUGCUGGGGAGGCCGCUCAUUAGCUACACCGUGCGGGCAAUAGAAAGAAUCAACUGGAUUUCUGAUAUUGUUGUGGUGGUUUCUCCAGAGAAUAUUGAAACAAUGAAAUCUAUUGUUAGAAAAUAUGGCCAUGAGCGGACAACGAUAGUGGAAGGUGGACUAACCCGUCAUAGAUCUAUUUUCAAUGGAUUGAAAACAUUUGUAAAAGGCAACACAUUCUGCUCCCCACUCCAGAAACCAGAAAUAAUAGUAAUCCAUGAUGCUGUGAGACCAUUUGUUGAGGAGGAUAUUCUCUUUAAAGUGGUUAUGGCUGCCAAAGAACAUGGGGCAGCAGGAGCAAUCCGUCCUCUUGUCUCCACAGUUAUUGCUUCCACUACGGAUGGAUGUUUAGACCAUUCCCUAGAUCGUGCCAAGUACAGAGCAAGUGAAAUGCCUCAGGCUUUCUUAUUUGAUAAAAUCCAUCAAGCAUAUCUUCAGUGUAGUGACUAUGAUCUGGAUUAUGGAACAGAAUGUUUGCAUCUAGCUCUAAACUAUAGCAAAAUAAAUGCUAAACUUAUUGAAGGGCCUUCUGACCUAUGGAAGGUAACUUACAAGUGGGAUCUUUUUGCAGCUGAUUGUUUAAUCAAAGACACUAUAUCACAGGAAGUUUGCAUUAUUACUGACAUAAAGGAAGAUGCCGUGCAAAUGGGAUUUCUCCUUCAUGAAAAGAUGAGGAAUCAUGUGAAACAUGUUAAAGAUAUAGCAGUAUCCCUUCAUAAAAAUGAUAAUCUACAAAAUAUUUUGUUAGGACAGUGCUACAGCCUUAUUUGCAUAAAAAAUAAGCUGUCCAGCUUUGAGGAAAUCUCUCAGCUGGUAGACAUACUUGAAAACACAAGUGCUUCGGUUUUGUACCCUGUUGUUCUCAUCUCGGUAUACUUGGGUAUUUUAGAAAAUGCAUCUUUUAACAGUGAAAUUGAAAGCUUAACUAAACUUGCAAAGGAAGUGAAAAAGAAAAAUAUCUUACUUUAUGGUCUCUUUAUACAGUAUAAAAAGGAUAAUCUAAAGCUUCAGGAGACCAUGGAUUCAGCAGCUGCACUUAUCACUGUAUUAAUAAGAGAACGAAAUCCUGCAUUUGUUGGUCAGCUUCUAGUAGCAUGAAAAAAAUAGUAUUUCAAACAGUUAUUGGUGCAUGAAAAUACAGAUUUUUUUAAACAAUUUGUCACUAAUGUAUUUAGUAAUAAAAAGAAAUAUUUUAUAUAAGAUAUUUAUAAUAAGUACAGAAGAUUCAGUUGCACAUUGCCUCAAGUGCCUUGAGCAGGGAGAAUGGUUAUGAAAUAGGCUAAAUAAAAUAUUUCUCUUCUAAGAAGAUAUAACUGAAAAGUAAAUGUUUCAAAUGUAUGUGAGAAUGAGCUGGUUAAACUGAAAAAUGUUUAAAUCUGGUUUUGUUGGACUCUUAAUUUAGGAAACUAUCAGAAGUUAUCUGUCAAAAUGAAUUUUCACUAAGAUGAACAUUAUCUGCACAUAGGCUGAAAUACUAAAUAACUUACAUGGGAAUAAAUUCCAUUGAACUUGGUACGACUAUUCUUUUAGAAAAAUACUGUAUAGUCCUGUGCUCUUAGUUUUCCUGUUUUUUAUAGCAAUUCUGUAAGGUGGGAAGGGCUGAGAGAAUGACUGGCCCAAAGUCACGCAGGCUGACUUCCUUGCCUGUGAGAGGACUAGAACUCACAGUCUCAUGGUUUCUAGGCCAGCAUCUUAACCACUGUACCACUUGUGUUCAGCAAUGAAUGUUAAAAGUGUAGAUUGCAUAUUUACAUCUUUAUAAUACUGGUAGUAAACACUGAAAGAGCUCAAACAUGUGUUAAAAUGCUGACAUAUUGUAUAUUUUCUGUGUGUUAUUUGCAGAAAACCUCAUUUUAACACUAAUGAUAAACUACCACUUAAAUUGUGGUGCUGUCUUAAGAAACUUCAGUGUGCUAUAGUUAAUUGUCUCUUACUAAUCAUAUGGAAUAACUUGUAUCCUAACACCACUAUGUAUGCAUGAACAAAGUCCAGUUGCAUUUGUGAUCCUCAACUGCAUGUUUUCAUACAAUAUAUAAAUAAGUAUGUAAAGAUACUAAAUAAGUCUGGCUGAUAUUAGAUAAGCAUCAAGCAAUUUUAUAUUUUUCUGUGGAUAUUCGUGCACAAAGUCUUUGAGAUUGAGUAGAUCAUUAAUCAUCUCUCUUACAUUCCUUUGUACAAACUGGAGGUAAAUAAAUGCUUAUAUCCUGACACCUUGAACAUCCUCUUAGGUGCUGCUUGCUUCAUGAAGUUAAAGUUUACUAAUUAUGAUAGAGCUGAUAGAUCAAUUACAGCAGUUUGGUGCAGGAAUUCUAAUUUUUAAGUCAUUCUUCUGAAAAUGUUGUAGCUUCCCUCUGAAUAGUGCAGUGAGGAGACAAUCAAUACUGAGGAGGUCAUGCAAACAGUUAAAACCAAACAAUUGGAAUAUGGUGAAUGGCUACACAGAGAGAGGCUCCCAAAGCUUGCUCUCCUCUUCUUGUUAGAUAAUUCUGUGAGUUCUUUAUAGCAAUGUGUAAAUUGUGCACUUUCAGUUAAGCCAAGCUCUCAUCAUAGGAGGGCAAUUGGAAAGAACAAGACUGUGGUCAAACUUUUGAAGGGAAAGGAAAGAAAAAGAAAAAAGAAAAUCUCGUUUUUCUAAAUAUCAGGAUUAGAAUAUCAAAAAUGUAAUGUAGUGGUUAAGGAAAUAAAUGAUAAAUUAAAGUUAAUAAUUUUGUACAAGUGGACUUGGAAGCAGAGAGUAUACAGUUUUAUUAUUUGCAAUAUGGAAAUAAUUAUGCUAGGCUACCUUAUAGGGUUGUUGCAUGAUUUCUGAAAUAAUGUCUGAAGUGCUUUGAAUACCGAUUCAAAAUAAUACUGAUAUUAUUAACAGGAUAAUAAUGGAUUCUGUAGCAUAUAUUUACUUGUUAAUUUGGCUGGAAUAUACAUUUUACAGUCUUGAAUCUGAAAUACUAAAAUGAGCAUAUAUAGCUUCAAAGCUAUGUGUCUGCCAACUUUUACUUCAUUUCUAACAAUUCUUAUGUUAAAGGGCCCAGAAUCAUUCUACGGAUUUACUUCAACCAGAUCUCACCUUAAAUUCAUAUACAAAGCAAUACUGAUGCAUUUUAACACACAAAAUACGCUCUACACUUUAUUGUUCAACUGCCUUGGCUUCCUGCAGUGUUGCAGAUGAACAGUUGUGAUUUCUAGAGACAAAUGCUGUAAGCAACUCAGUUUUAGAUUAAAUCUAAUAUAGACUCAACAAGCAGCAGUUGGCCUGCUGACUUUUUUUUUAAAAAAAACUCAUUUUAACUUUGGUUAAAAAAAAUGUUUUGGAUAAUUGUAUGCUUUGUUUCAGGUUUUUGGGCCUUGGAGAACAGUACAAAGAUAUCUAAUCCAAGCUUGUUGAUUGGAAAAUAAUAAUAUGAUUAGAGAGGUAGGUUAUAAAUCUCUUCAUACCAAAUUCUUGAGGAAAAAUUCUGCUCUAAUAUAUUUCCGUUCAAAUAGAGGCAGAGGUUGUGCUCCAGUACAGGAACAAUGUAAGGAGCAGGAAACAAGAAACAAAUCUCUAAGCAAGCAAGUUGACAAUACAGUAGACAAAGGCAGUUGUAGACAAACCCUGGUAUGUCACUCAGAGCUAUUCUGUGGGCUAUCUUUAUAGACUCCCAACCAAUUAUUCUGUUCUGUCUUUUAAUACUGUAGUGGAAUUACUUAGUUCUAAUCUCAGUAGAUUUAAAAUGUAUUAUUUAAUAUUUAUCCUGUCUUGAAAUACAUGGUUUAUUGUAUAAAAAACUUUGUGUGUGUGAUUUUGAAAAAAAAAAUGGUAUUCAAAGGUAUUUCCUGUUUGUUUCAAGGAUCUCUUUCUUGAAUCCACAACUAAAUUUUUUUGUCUCUGAAUUAACUUGGAGAGAUGCCAAGACAUGCAAAAUAAAUAUCCCUUGAGGUGCUCUAGUUGAUAACAUUUUUCAUGAAUUGCUGCCUUUUAUAUUUGUGUAAUAUAGUAAAUCUAUCUGAAAGAUCUAUUUCAUGGCCUUCUUGAAGCUUGAUUGAUGCUGAACUUGCAAACAUACAGAUAAAUUUAGAUAUAUCUUGGUUCUUUUUUUCAUGUUUCCAUUUGUUCUUUGCACAUUCACUGAUAAAUUAUUUUGAUUUGAUUCAAACUUAAAAUACUGUUUUACUUCUUGCAGCAAAAACAGUUAAUUUUAGAACCUACUGACGAAAGCUAUACUUGGAAAAUCUUUCUUUCAUCAUUGCCUUUUAUUUUGUCCAGAUCAUACAACCAAAACUCAGCCUUCGUGUCUUACAUAAAGAACUACCAUUUGCAUUUUCAAUUUUCAAGCAGAACACAUUGAUGUGUGUCUUUCAGGUUCUUCCUCGCAAUUUUGCAUAAGGAAUUGCUGCUGUGGUUGUUUCUAUGCAUGAGUAUUUUUAUGGCUGAAUUGUUAGUCACUUUUCUAAAAUGGAUUAGUCAAAAUGCAUUGGCCUUGACUGAAAAGAAAAUAGCUACAUAGUUAAAAAUAAUAAAUAUUGAUUGUCCUAUUAAAUGAGUAAGGAGUGGGGGACUUUUAUGGAGAAUUUGAACACUGGGAAU